AUGGUAACAGCUAAUAUAAAUCACGAACGACGACCGUCGUCAGAUGUGGAUAGUGAAGACGACGAGAAUAGUAGUCGACAAAUUCAAAAACGUCUUGAUCAAUUGUAUUUGGAUAAUUCGCAAUAUAAUCAUGUACAACAUCAAUAUUCACAACGUACAUUUUCACCUACCAAUACACAUGAAACAUACAUGACAUCAAAUACAGUUCCUGUUUAUCGUCAUGGACGUAAAUUUUAUGUUUCUAUAGAAGAAUUUGAACGUAUGCGAUUAGAACAACGACGACAUCGUCGUACAUUAGCACAAAAAUCUCAAAAUUUACCUGUAUCAAAAUCUCAUCAAACAAAUUUACGAUCACCAUCAAUAUCUUUAUAUAAUCCUGUUCAUCGAAGUACUUCACAUCCACAUGAUUAUAGAUAUGGUGUCCUUCGUACACCACAUUUACCUAUGAAUUCAAUAACAAAUACUAAUAAUAAUCGAUAUGACUCAACUAGACAAUCUCGUUUAACAUCUAGAUAUUAUGAUAAUCAUGAUGAUUCAUUAUCAUAUACAUCAGCAGUACCAAUGAAAUUAUCAACAACAGCUAUUCGUUCGAAUUCAUCAGAUACAGUCGUUGAUCUUCAAAGGACUCCAGAACCAUCAAUAUCAUCUUAUCAUGAUUUUCAUCCUGAUGAUUAUGAAUUAAAACGUUCAUUUUCAGCUGAAAUCGUACAACCACAAGAAUCCUCCUAUCGACAACAACCAUUAAUAUUACCUCGUCGAAUACUUCCUACUACGACUUCUGAUUAUGGAGCGUCAGCUGUAUCAUCAUUUCCUAUAACAUCUAAUACUGAUCAAACAUAUAAUCAAUCAAAUGCAUCAAAAUUAACAAAUUAUUAUAAUCGAAUGCAAUCAUCAGCAUUAAAUUCUACAAUGAAACCAGCUGGUUCAACUUUGACUAGAACAGGUUCAAUAUAUGAAACAGAUAUGCCUGGUUCUGCUGAUCCAGUUUAUCCUGGUGUUGGUUCUUCAAAUCGACAUACUGGAAGUGGUUUAACAUCUCUAUUAACACGAUCAUCAUCAACUAACAGUAAUCAUGAUUAUUAUUAUAAUCGAGAUACAAUUAAUGGAUCAUUUUCUGAUGAUAAUUCAUCAUCACCAUCAAUGUUAAUAACACGACGAAAUGCUAAUAAUAAUCGUUAUCGACGAUCUGACCUUGCUAUUGAGACAGAUAAUGAUUAUAGACAACAAGAUGAAAUAUGGCCACGUUCAACUAUACGAAGUCAUUCAAGUGAUGGUUUAACAGAAAAAAAACGUGUUCGUUUUGCUGAUAUGGAAGGUUUUACAUUAGAAACAGUUCCUGAUAUUGAACGAGACCGUUCACCAAUGAAUAAUCGUUUAUUAAUAAGACGAUCACAUGUUCAAAUACCAAGUAAUCUCCGAGGACAAGCACAACCUUUUCAUAAUUCAUUUUAUCAAACAAAUACUAGAGCUAGUAGCAAUGGAAGCAAACUUGCUACCGAUGUUUAA